AUGGAAGCUAGCAUCCAACUCAUGCAGGUUAUCCAAGAAAUGAGAGCAAAAAUCAACAGACUAGAGGAAGAGAAUCAUACCCUCCGUGUGAAGCUGACUUCGGUUAACCAGAUGGCCUCUGGCUCAGAAAAGGAAUCCAGAGAUGAAAGGGAAGAAGCAGAGUACGGGCAAACUCCAGGAGCCCUUCCUCAUGGUGUUCCCACUGAUUCUCCAUCAGCUCUGCAGGAACAAGGCAAUGUCAUGAUUGUCAGACGCUACUCCGUUUCUCCAGCAGUUCACUCCUGUGCAGCGAAUGACCCCUGGAAAGCUCGAAACAGACUUCCAAACAUCAUCGGAGCAUCACUGGCACGUUCUUCCACUAGAAAUCAGGACAAUGGAGAAAAGAUGCUGGCUGCAGUUGCUUACAGCAGCAGUAGCUCCAGCCAGAGAGCUUCUUCUGAUCACAGUUUUGUUUGCAGGUAA